GUACUACGGGUCGGCUGCAAUGAGCGCCGAAGCCACGGCAGCCGUGCGCGUCUGUGUGUCUGCAGCCCGCGCACGCAGCGACUGCUCUGGACGUUUUUCUGCGGAACGCUUCUCCGACCCGCCGCCUGGCAUGAUACGGAGACGAGAAAAAAAAAGCAGGCAGGCAGCAGCAAUAAUAAUGAGGGUUGGGCUGCCGCGGUAUCUCUCAAGAUGGCUCCUUUCUUCUAUCCGGGCGGGCUGGUCGGUCGGUCGGGUCUCCCUUUGCAGCCAGCUAGCUCCCAGUAUUCGAUCACUCCAGUGGCGCCGUGUGUAUGGACGCCGCCGCUGGACGGACGAGGGAGGCGACGUUAGCGUUAGGUGGCUUCCUCGCUCGCUCUGUUUUGCUUGCGUAUUCUUUUCCUUAUUUUAUUUUCCUUCUCUCGCUCGCUUCUUUGUUUCGUUUCCCAUCGUUCGCGUCGUUCUUUCUCCCACGCUCAGGCUGUCGCUCGCUGGUUCGCGCCGCUUCUUUCUCUCCCGUUCUGUCCCUCCGGUUGGGUUGGCUCGGCGAAACGGUGCGCCGGCGGCAGAGAGGAGUCGUGCGCUUUGGAAUGCGCCGUGAAACGAACGAGCGAAGUGGAUGCGUAGAGGCCGGGCUCGUCGUCUUUGCCCAGUGAUAAUAGUCCCUUCCUGGCAGCCCCGUGGUCGCCGCUGCGGCUGCUCGGCGUUCCCGUCGUCGCCUACUGCCCAGGCGGUGGCGGAGCUUCGUGCCGUAGCGGCGGCGGUGUUUGUGCGUGUGUGCUCGCCGUUGUUGGAGUGUCGUCAUGUCGGGUCGCCUGUUGUGACGCGUGGCUCAGCGUGUGCUGCUCCUGCCAUCAUGGCGGCCGCUCCCGUGGGGCUUCGUUUCGGUGGAGGAAGGUGGGAGCCUGAGACAAUGGACAACAUCCAUAGUCUGGACCCACGAAAACAAGAAUUGCUGGAGGCUAGGUUUCUGGGGAAUCGGCAACUGUGCAACAACCUGGGUCCGGGCGGUGCCUACCUGGGUCAGACAUCACAGUCCUCUUCUGGUGGUGCGAUGGCAGUGGCGGCGGCAGCCGCGGGAGUAAGCGGGCCCCUGGCGGGUGUGCCGGCUUCCCAGCUGCUGGUCCACGUGUCCUCCUCGGGCAGCUCAAACAACACCAACCACAACCAGGACUCAAACAUGAGCAACACCAGUCUUGGAUCACAGCACUCCGACAAGGAACUUGAGCCUCAGACACCAGAAAAGCACCUUCGGACACCUCCCCAGUCAGAGCGAAAAAGGAAACGGAUGAAAGAAGAUGCUGCUACAGCUGCAGUAAAAGGAGCUCGAACAACAUGUCCUGACAACCCAAAGAAAAUAAAUGAAUACUUUAAGAACCAGGGGCAUAGCCCCAGCCGCUUUGGAGGGGCCAGGUCGCCUGUCCCUCAGGGCUACUGCCUGGGUGGCAGUCCACUCAUUGGAUCCUCGCUGACGUCUGCACUCAACAAUGUUGAUUAUGCGGGGCUCAUGGCACCACCUCAGAGGCCUGCUCAAACGAUGAUGCGGCAGGUCCAGACAGAUCUUACCAUCAACAAGAUCAAAGAGCUGGAGAGCAAAUCGGCCAUGGACCUGGAAAUGAGGGACAACCGGAUAGAUGAACUCCAAAGAGGUAGUGAAGAGCUGCGGCGGCAAAUUCAGGGACAGCAGAAACUAAUACAGAAGCAAGAGGAGCAACUCCUCAAGUGUAUAGAUGUUACAAAGCAACUCCUUAUAGAAAAGUCGGCAAUGGAAAAGAAACAAUCUCGGCAGAAGUGCAUGCAGAACAGGCUAAGGCUAGGGCAAUUUGUGACGCAGCGGCAAGGGGCAUCAUUUGUUGAAAACUGGGUAGACGGCUACGCUUUCAACGAUCUUUUGAGGAAGCAGGAGCAGAUUACGUCAGAACGGGAAGAAAUUGAACGGCAACGAAAGUUGCUCUGCAAGAAGAAGCCCUUGACAGGGCAGCCUAAAGGCAAGGGGGCAGGGGCAUCCAAUAAUGGGGCUGGUGCAGCCUCCAGUGCGCUUGCCAAUGGAGAGUUUGUGAAGCCAGAGUCUCCGAAAGACCUCGCGCUGCUACGGCUGACCUGGUACGAGUACUAUGAGCAGGAGGAAAUCCUGAAGCUGCGCCAGGUGUCGCUGAAAAAGGAGGACACCGAUCUGCAGCUUGAGCUGGAGAAACUGGAGCGAGAGCGGAACCUGCACAUUAGGGAGCUCAAGCGCAUACACAAUGAGGACCAGUCCAGGUUUAACAACCAUCCAGUCCUAAACGAGAGGUAUCUGCUACUAAUCUUGUUGGGUAAAGGCGGCUUCAGUGAAGUACACAAGGCAUUUGAUCUUAAGGAGCAGAGGUAUGUGGCCUGCAAAAUUCAUCAGCUAAACAAAGACUGGAAGGAUGACAAGAAAGCAAACUACAUCAAGCAUGCAUUAAGAGAGUACAACAUUCACAAGUCCUUAGACCAUCCCAGGGUUGUAAAGCUUUAUGAUGUCUUCGAAAUAGACCCUAAUUCGUUAUCAUCUUGUGGGGGCUUCUGCACAGUGCUGGAGUACUGUGAUGGGCACGACCUGGACUUCUACCUCAAGCAGCACAAGUGCAUCCCAGAACGAGAGGCACGCUGCAUCGUCAUGCAGGUGGUGCAUGCCCUCAAGUACCUCAAUGAAAUCAAGCCUCCCAUCAUACACUACGACCUCAAACCAGGCAACAUCCUCUUGGGAAGCGGUAGCCUAAGUGGAGAAAUCAAGAUCACAGACUUUGGUCUUAGCAAGAUCAUGGAUGAUGACAACUACAGCCCUGAAUAUGGAAUGGACCUAACUUCACAGGGUGCUGGUACCUAUUGGUACUUGCCACCUGAGUGUUUUGUAGUGGGCAAGACACCACCCAAAAUCUCUUCCAAAGUUGAUGUCUGGAGUGUGGGUGUCAUCUUCUAUCAGUGCCUCUAUGGCAAAAAGCCUUUUGGGCACAACCAGUCCCAGGCAACAAUACUGGAAGAAAACACAAUCCUGAAAGCAACGGAUGUGGAGUUUCCUGCAAAGCCUGCUGUCAGUAAUGAGGCUAAGCAUUUCAUCCGCCGCUGCUUGCAGUACCGCAAGGAAGACCGCAUUGACGUGUUCAGCUUGUCCAAUGAGGAGUACCUGAAACCGAACUAUUCAAAACAUGGGCGGCAGGCCAGUGCUUCAGACAAGUCGUAGCCACCGCUGGGGGCCUAACGAACACCUUUGAAACUAGCUCGAACUGAGAUAGAGCAUAUAAAAAAAAGAAGCACAGCGGGAACACAUUGGGCAAGUGCGUUGCCAUCACCACCGUCACCACCACCAGACGAGAGCAAAACCAAAACAGCGACGGUUGUGCACUGCUCCUGGAGCAGCCCCCCCGGCAGUUUGUUGUUGCUGUUGUUCCGGGGGAAGAGCACUACCUGCCUGCGUGACCAGGCAGAGACGGUGUGUGUUCCUUGUCACGGCAGUGAGGCGAAUGACGCGAGACAUGUGCUGCAGCCACGGAAGAAUGUUUGACACUGUAUAUUAGCGGAGGAAGGGAACAUGUGGACAGGACUGGUGACAGCGUGUCCUUGCUUCCUCCCUCCCAACACCGCUUCCCUCUGGCAUCGUAUUCUCUCUCGCUGCUUGUGUGCUCGCUCGCCCGGCGCUACCUACGUCGGUGAUGUGUGUGCGUGCAUGUGUGUGAAUAGGCGUGUAUCAAUGGGGGGAUUUGCCUCCUCUUUCUGUACAACUUCUCCUCCCCCCCCCCCACGUGUCUAAUCUCCCUUCUCUCUUUUUUCUCCCAUCUUCGCUGUCAUGAGAUACAUGCUGCCAGCUACUCGCAUUGACUGUGAGUUGUGCCGAGUAAGAUUGAUAGACCGACCAUUCCACUGUGCUUAGUGGGAUAUCUGCUGACCCCCACCCUCCCAACCCCCUCCCUCGACUUCUGUUAACUGUUGGCACUUCAACAAUUGUCUCUUUCUGCCCGAGUGUCCUGCCCCCUUUUUUUUUCUCCUAUAGCCGAUGACCUAGCAGAACUUACUACAGUGCCCUUACUGCUGUAAAGGAAUGGCUAGCAAGUUUGGAGAAGAGCAUCUACUAAAGAUAUUGUUCCCUGUAAAUGCGCUUUUUUUUUCCCCCGUUUUUGACAACCAAGGCACAUAGCAGAAAAAUUAUCUUGUGGUUGGUAAUUAAUGCAAAUAAUUACAUGUAGGCAAACAGCAAAACAAGGAAUACGACAAUAUCCCACUUGUUUUGAGAGAUGGCUGCAUUAUCCUUCUGGUGUCAUCAGAUGAACCCAGUCUCUUGACAAGUCGGUCAUUUCAUCGCAUGAUUUCUUGGUGUUGCCAGUUCAUCAGUAGUAGCAUCAUGUGUCGUUCAUAUGUAGCGAUAAUUCAUUACUAAAGUGUGUUUUCUCUUUUUCUAUUCGUGUGCAGACAAUGAAGUGUUCAAAAAUCAAAAAGAAAAAUGUGGCCUUAACACGCUGUGUUAUUCCAUUGCACAGAGCUAUGCCUUUUAUUAGACCUCAAAUGUAAAGCAUUUUCUGUUAUGUGUCUACCUGUUCCUUUUUCUUUUGUUCCUUGCUGCAAUGUCUUGCUCAGUGUGCUUUGCACUUUGUUUUUAAAAAGCAGGAUCAACAUUACAGAAGUUGAAAACCAGUGUCAGUGUCGGUCUUGCAAAGACGCCACAAUUACCUUCAUUGUAACUUGCCAGACACACAGCGCCCUGUGCUGAGAUUAAGAUAAGCCCCCUUCUUGAACAAAUCUUAGGUAGUGUAGGGUCUCUGUUGUACGCAUGUUAUUAUUAUUUUUUUUUUCUUCAUGAGAAUGACCCAUAAGGAAUUUCGACAUGGGGGUUCGCUUCUAUCAUGACUGUGGAGGCACGUGAAAUGCCUCCUUCCAAUAUUUUUUUGUUCCCCUAUUUUCUAGCAUCUAGAAUGCUGGCACUUCUGUGUGGAACCUUGCAGUGCCCUGUUGGCUGAACAUGCUGUUUGCAAACCGCGUACUAGUGGCCCAUCCCACGAGCUCCUUAAAUUUUUUUUUUUAGGAAGUUCUGCGAGUGUGUAAUUGUGGGUGUGAAAAGUGUUGUAAAUGUGUUCUGUUCUCUCUGUAGCACUUCUCUAUUCUUUUCCUUCUUUAGUUUUGCAUGUACAGGAAUCUAGUGAGGGCUGGUGGACACAUUAGUUUUUAUGUGUUUCUUGAGAGAAUGACACGUUAAAAGACGUUGCAUAGCAGGGGAACUUAUUCUUUGUGCAUUCAAAGAUUCGCACCCUUAUUGCAGAAGUCUUACCUGUUCUUUUUUUCUUCCCUCGCACGGGGAUCAAUGCAAACUUGUUGGUUAAAUCUAUUCGACAGACUAGAAUGCCUCUUCUUGUUUGAAGGGGCUGUAUCCUUUUAGCGAUUUACAUUUUUUAAAGAAACUUUUCACCUGUCUCUCUCUGUUUUUUUGUGAUGAGUCAACUCGGGGAGCACACUUUCUAGUCAAGCCCCUCUGUCUUUUAUUCCCCCCCCCUCCCCCCCUCAUGCCCUCUACACACUAGUAGUUGAUAUCUACACAAUAUGAACAGAGGCACAUCUUGCCCAUGUCUGUACUACUACUCUGUGAUGACUUACUAUACUGCCGGUAGAAAGGUCUCGGCACAAGCUGUAAUGCUGUCGAGGUUACGGAGCUCUUGGGAUGGACUGGCCAGAGAGUGUGUGGAUCAUGACCAUCAUCAUCACUACCAGUAUCAUCAGCUGCCUUCACCUUCCUCCUUUUUGUUCUGCCAAGUUGCAGCAGAGGAAACAAAGAGACUUUCUGUUAAUAGUUUGUUUUCAUUCUUUCCCCCCUGCUCUCCAGUGUGAGUGCUGCAUCACAGGCAGGCUCGUGGGAGUUGCAGAAACAUGUUAGUUCUCCUUCAGUGUCUGAUGUUGUGCAUUGUGCACGGAUGAGAGAGAGAGAGAGAAAGAAAAAAAGGGGGGGAUGAAGAAAGUGCUUCAUUAAGAAGUGUGUACAAAGCGGUGUGUGUGUGUGCGUGCAUGUGUGUGCAAGCUGUUCCCACCUACUCUUCCUCCUGUGUCCCUUUCCGAUUUGGGCUUGUUGGUACAUAACAGAGACAUUUUUAAAGAAAAAAGUGAAACAAGCAGGGCCGGACAAAUGGACUGCUUAGUGUUGCUGCUUUGACUGCUUGAAGACUGAUGGCUGCCACUGCUGUCACCAUCGUGAUGAUGCCAAGGGCAUGCCAAGUGUUUUUGUUGGGAGUGGAAGGACUUUAGCCAACACAGAAGCAACCAUCUCCAAAAUUCGUCUGUGGGGAUGUUUCUGUGUUUAUUUAUUUUUAAGUUUUGCCCAGUAAAAACAAGGAAAAAAAAAAGAAAGAUGCUGAACCAA